ACACCAAAAAUGGUAGCAAAUCUCCGGCGAUCACUCUCAUUCUCCAACACUCCAUCACCGCCGCCACCACCGCCACCGCCGUCUUCUUCCACCUCUAAAACCGCCGGAAAAAGGAUCCACUUUAGAUCCAUCAGUCUGCCCACCAGAUCCCAUCCCAUACUCUUUCAGCUCAAAUACCACCUCAACCAACUCAAAUCUCAAUGGGGAUCCGAUCCCACACCCGAAUCACUCCAUUCGAAUCGGAUCUUGGAUGCUUUGAUCCGUCUACGGACCAUUCUAGAAUGUCUUGACGACCUUCUCGACCUUGCGCCGUCAAGAGACUCCCUCCGCCGCCACCCUGAGUGGGUGGAGAAGGUUCUCGAAGACUUUCUUGUUAUGGUCGACGUCUAUGGAACCUUCCAGAUGCAAAUUUCGACACUGAAACAAUGUAACAUCGCAGCACAGCUUGCUACAAGAAGAAAAGACGGGUUGAAAAUUUCUGUUUGUAUAAAGGGUUUGAAGAAAACGGGUCGAGAGAUUUUCAAGCUCAUGCCUUUUCUCCAUGGAAUCCAGGAACAUAACCCGAGUAAUUAUAACAUAACUGGGUCAGAUCCGAAUCCGAAUCCAGAUGUUGAUCUUGUUGGAGUGAUAAGAGGUGUGGUUGAAGUGAUUGUGAUGAUUUCAGAAGCAGUGUUUGGUGGGAUAUCCGGGUCGUUCGAGACCCGGAAAACUUCAUGGAUGAUGGGCUUGAAGAAAUCGAAGAGGGAGAAGGGAAUUGCAGAGCUUGAAAAUGGGAUAUGGAGUUUGAGAAGUUAUGAAGAUGAGGUGAUGAAGAAGAAGAAGAUGAUGAAGGAGAUGGAAGAAUGCAUAGAUGGGAUUGAAAGUGGAUGUGAAAGGGUGUUUAGGGGUUUGAUAAACACAAGGGUUUCAUUUCUCAAUGUACUUACACAAUAACAACAACAAAAACGACGAUAUCUCUUGGGACGACAGUGGAUAUCUGGGCUAGCUUAAUUUUGCGUACCGACUGAUUUCCGAAACCAUGAUCGAUCUUGAGUCAUCGUAGGAGAACGUCUACGAUGAAACGGGCUAUUUGAAGACUUUGAUGAUAUGUUUUUGGAAAUUUUUGUUCCAAAAUGGUUUUAAAGAUUCUUUUAUUUUUGUUACUUUGAACAUAAUUGGCAAAGAAAUUAAAGUUAAAUAUACAAAUAUUGAGUGAUUUGAUU